GUUUUAAGAACACUGUUUACUUCCUGAUCGCGCCUGUCAAAAAAUGGCCUCUCUUGACAGGGUAAAAGUGUUGGUUUUGGGAGAUUCCGGGGUUGGCAAGUCUUCCUUGGUCCAUCUGCUAUGUCAGAAUCAAGUUUUGGGAAAUCCAUCGUGGACUGUUGGCUGCUCUGUAGAUGUGCGGGUUCAAGACUAUAAGGAGGGAACCCCAGAGGAGAAAACCUUCUACAUUGAACUCUGGGAUGUUGGAGGAUCCGUUGGCAGCGCCAGCAGCGUCAAAAGCACGAGAGCAGUCUUCUACAACUCGGUUAACGGAAUUAUAUUGGUCCACGAUCUGACCAAUAAGAAGUCCUCUCAGAAUCUGUACCGUUGGUCACUGGAAGCUUUGAAUAAGGAUUCCUCUCCAACUGGAGUCAUCGUCUCAAACGGUGACUAUGACAGAGAGCAGUUUGCAGAGAAUCCGGUGCCUUUGCUGUUGAUCGGGACCAAGUUUGACCAAAUUCCAGAAAACAAGCGCAGUGAAGUUCUCACUCGGACGGCUUUCUUGUCUGAAGACUUCAAUGCAGAAGAAAUCAAUCUCGACUGCACCAACCCCAGAUACCUGGCUGCAGGCACCUCAAACGCUGUGAAACUCAGCAGGUUCUUUGACAAGGUAAUAGAGAAAAGAUAUUUCACCAGAGAUCCCAGUCAGAUGACUGGCUUCACAGACAGGAAACGGUUCAACUUCAAAAGUUUGCACUAUGACUGAGACCUGUGAUCAGACCCCGCCCACUCAGACACGCGCUGGAAGUGAAUCUAGAAAAGUUUAUAAAAGCUGAGGACAGAAUGAAGAGGCAUGCUUUGAGCUUUUUAUUACACCAUCAUAAAUGAGAGCACACAUUUUUAGAACAUAUGCUUUACUGCUCCUCUGACUCAU